AUGAAGAUAAACCUAUCUAUCUAUCUAUCUAUCUAUCUAUCUAUCUAUCUAACCUGUUUAUAUCUAUCCCUUUCUCUCCCCCUCUCUCCCUAUCUAUCUAUCUUUCUAUCCUGUUCAUAUCUAUCUCAUUUUCUUUCUUUCUUUCUUUGUUUCUUUCUAUCUAUCUAUCUAUCUAUCUAUCAGCCUGUUCAUAGCUAUCUAUCUGUCCGUAUGUCUGUCUAUCUAUCAUCUCUGUUCAUAUCUAUCUAUAUUCAUUGUCAAAAUGAUUAUCUAUCUCAAUGUUUUAUAUCUAUCUAUCUAUCUAUCUAUCUAUCUAUCUAUCUAUCUAUUCUGGCAAUUUUCAUAUCUAUCUAUCUAUCUAUCUAUCUAUCUAUCUAUCUAUCUAUCUAUCCUAGUAUCUAUCUAUCUAUCUAUCUAUCUUCCCACUAUCUAUCUAUCUAUCUAUCUAUCUGUUAA